AUGAAUCUGACAGAUUGUUGCAGUGGGUAUGAGCAAGUUGGUCUCUACUGUGCCUUAUGUAAGUAUUCCAUGAAAAAUGAAAAUUAGAAGAACUGCAAAAAUACAACACUAGAAUGCCUCCAGAUGCAGCUUUGAGUCAACUCACUCCAACCUGGGCAUGUGGGCUUUCAACACAGUGGGACAUGAGACAAGUUAGCUUUGUACACACUUAACUUAUACCAGAACUGUGACUUUUGCAUAUAGGCUCUCUUUAUGCUGCUGUGUGUCAGCCAUAGUAAUCAUUACAGUUUCUAUGUGUCAUGAGGGAAGCUGUUGGGGCCCAAAGCUUGCUCUUGGGUGAACUAUCAGCGCAUAGGUAAUCUUCAUGCUCAGGCUGUGUAUGAACAAGUCUCAACGAAACCUGUGGGUUUCAGCUAUUUUAAGGAGAAGUGUUCACAGGUCAGAUCAAUUAUUAAAUUAUUACUGCUCUGGCAGCUGAGGUUCAAAUAGAUCUGUAUAAAACAGCAUGCCAUUUGUAUCUAAACUCUGUUUUAGUUGAAAAGGCAUAGUAAAGAUAACCUGCUUUCAGAUUAGGCUGCGGACAUUUUGUUGUUACCUGCUUGAUGAUCAUAUCCAAAAGAUGUGUUGCAUUUUGUAUGUCUCGCAUAACACUCACUCACUUCUGUUAUCACUGAGCUCAUAUUAACUCAAAGGUCUUUUUAAAAAGUAUCAUCAUCAUGACCAUUAAUGGUUUUUAUUUAGUUUUAAAUGGGGUGCUUUUUUUUUUUUUUUGGUACUUAACAAAAAUGCACGCCUAAGCAGCAACACAAAGCAGAACAUAUUCUGUAGGAACAAAAUUUCCAUUAGCCUGAAUAAGGAAGCGCUGUAUCUCAAUCUGCCCUUCCAUCAAAAUAAUCUAUCAAGGAAAAGGAAGUAGAAUAUUUUACAUGAAAUGUUAGCACAUCCCUGCCUUAGCAUCUAUGAAGGCAAAAUAAAUUAAGAGAACCAUUCUGAGGCCGGCCUCUAAAAUAGUAAAGGUAAAGGGACCUCUGACCAUUAGGUCCAGUCGUGGCCGACUCUGGGGUUGUGGCGCUCAUCGUGCUUUAUUGGCCAAGAGAGCCGGCGUACAGCUUCCGGGUCAUGUGGCUAGCAUGACUAAGCCGCUUCUGGCGAACCAGAGCAGCGCACGGAAACGCUGUUUACCUUCCCACCAGAGCGGUACCUAUUUAUCUACUUGCACUUUGACGUGCUUUCGAACUGCUAGGUUGGCAGGAGCAGGGACCGAGCAACGGGAGCUCACCCCGUCAUGGGGAUUCGAACCACCGUCCUUCUGAUCGGCAAGUCCUAGGCUCUGUGGUUUAACCCACAGCGGCAUCCGCAUCCCUCACCUCUAAAACAGUAAUGGGUAAACUCCCAAGCUCAGUUUAGAAUGGUCUUGGUGAUUCCAAGUUUUCUUGAAAAGUGAUCUGGGGGAAAAGAAGAAGAAGAAGAAGAAGGGGGAAGGAGGGAAGCGAUCUGGGGAAAUUUCCUUUAUUUUGCAGGAGUCUCAUCUCCAUUUGUAACACUGGUGCAGACACUCUUGUGUUUCUGCAAACAUAUAUGUGUAUUGUCAUAUUGUUCCCUGGGAACGGAAGUUUCCAGCACUUGUGAUGGUGGACAGCUGCUUGAAAACUGAACUGCUUCCCCCUCAAACAAUUGCACUUGGGAACAUGAGAAUGUUGUGGACAAUAAAACAUUGUCUUGUUUGGUAGAAACAAAUUGAUCCAAAUAAAGAAAAUGUUUAUCAAAUAAAUGGAAGCUUAGUAAGGUGGUCUGGUCACAUAGUUUACAGCAGUUGGCCAGUGAGAUUAGGGGCUUGGCAAUAAAAAUAAAAUGCAUUUUGUGAAUCUGCCUACAAAGAAUAUGCCGUUUUUGUUAAUGUCAUUUCAUAGUAAGCAAAAGAGCUGCAGUCAUGUGCAGCAAUAACUAUUGCAAAGGUGCCUACAAAGCAGCUGGGCUUGUGUAGUCCAUUGAAUGCUGACUGUACGUGUGCAAAAUCUUUUCUAGCUGGAGAAGAGCAUCUGAGAGAAAUGCUGGCUGAGUCAUAAGAUAGCUCAGCAUUACAAGCUUAACAAAAUUAUAUUCUGAGUCACAGAAUUGUAGGGUUAUCUAGUCCAACCCCCAAAUCAGACAAUUAAGAACUUCAGUGACAUGAGCUUCUACUCUAAAUGUGGGCAGGCACCUAGACAGAAGUUGCCCUAGGGUCCUGGUGGAGCAGAAGCUCUUCUUGCAGUUAGGUUAAAGAAGCUUUCUAAAUUCUGAAUUUCUUACUCAUUAGGGCUGUCCCAUUAAGCCUCAGCAGCGCGUGUUUCAUUUGUCUCCUUCAGACCGUUCUUUCUAGACCUCAGAGCCUUAGUCACAGCUUCUGUGAAUGGUAAUGCACUGUCUAGACAUGGUCUUAAAUAAAUGAUGAAAAGAGGAAGUUGACAACUAGUGAGAUGAAUUAACAGCAUGUCACUAAACUACGGUUAAUGUUUUCUCUUAUGUUAGAACCCAGACAAAGCUAGUUUGACUAAGUGAUUGGAGCUCAGAGUUCUGUGUGGCUCUUCGGUGAGAAUUUUCCCUUGAUACAUUUUCUACAAUCCCACUGGAAACCAUAAUUUACUUCUGCUUGGAUGGCGGACUAAGGACCAAUUCACACUUUAUGUAGCAGAUAAGUUUCCUGUUUGUCCGCUCUGCGCUUCCACACACACAUUCUAAUGUCAGAAUAGGGAACAUAUGCUUUGCUUAAACUGUAAGCUUGUAGGCAAGGCUGUGUUAUCUUUUAUCUGUGUACAGUGUCUCAUUUUCAUGGGCUAUUGGUACAUAAAUACUAUACUAGUGCUGCAAAUCCUGCUAAAUUAAUUAACACAUAGGGAGAGUGAAUGCUCACAAGGAAGCUGUGGAUUUCUGAUGCAUAUCCACUGCAUAGACAUGGUUCACCUAUAACAAUAUUAUAGGUGAUUUUCAGGAGACCAGCAGUGAACAUGCAACAAAUACAUCAGCCUCAAAAAAUAUGGACCAGCAAGUGGUGACUCUCUGUCUCUCUCUCUUUGGGUGGUUUAUAUAGGAAAUCUGAUUAGAUAUUUAUAAAUAUUCACUGUCUUUCUUCAUCAAAAACAGUAACAUUAACCCUGAUGGUCUAAAGUUUUUCAAAUCAGUUUACAGAUUUAAAAUAGUUCUAAAAAUAAAUAAUAAAGCACAAUAAAUAUUACAAGCGCUUUGUCAUUCCAUUCUCCUUAUAUUAGUUAUGAUGGAGCUUUCAUGCAUGUAUACCGUACACAUUUUUGCCACCCUUGUGAGUAAAUCAGGAAGGCUUCUACUCACCGAAGGAACAUGUCAACUGAUUUCCACCUUUUAAGCAGUUGCUUGACAGAUGGCUCGCUCUGGGAGUUGCUCAUAUAACAAUUAUAGCUUGAUAGACUUUGACAGGGACAUGUUGGAUGUCUGUCUUUGUGUUUGGCUGAUGUAAGAAUGAAGACCUUGACAUUUCAGAUUAAUGCUUUCUAUGGCUCUGAGCCAGAAUUGGUACACAACCCGGUUCCUUGCGCUGAUUUUUCAGGGUACUUUUGUGGCUGUGACUUGUUACAUGUUUGUGCCAUCAUUUGCAGAUUACAUAGGCUGGAUCUACAGGCAUGUUUAUUUAGCUUGGACACCUGCUGUUUCCUCUCAGCCACGCCACACAUUUACAACACAUGACUUUGCUCAGAGGUGGUUUUAGGCGUGACUGGUGAGGUCGCACUGGGCACCCCGCUGCAGGGAGCACCAAAACAACGCUUUAGAGUGGUGUGAGGAGGUGGGGGUGCCGAAUUUUAGCGUUGCACAGGGUGUUGCUGAAAUUUGAGGGCCCAAAGUCCACCACUGCUUCCCCCAAAGACUCAUGGGAAGUGUAGUUUGUUAAGGGUGCCAAGAAUUGUACAUCACUAAGGGGUAAACUACAUUUCCUAUGAUUCUUUGGGAGAAAGCUAUGUGUGUUAAUUGUGUUGUAAAUGCAUGAUGUUGUUCCCAAAGGAGCAGCUGUCCAAGCUGCAUCCAGUGUUGUUACGAGGAAGAUAGAAUAGCUUUAAUGAAAACAAAUGCUGGCUAAGAUCCAAAGUACUCAGUGAGUUUCUUGAUUAAUAGUCCGCCUCCCCAGUCUCCAAAGAAAGACAUUCAAUAGCAUCUUGAGGUAUGGCAUGGUGGGGUAAGCAGUGCAUGUGUACGUGUGGUGGGAAGAGAGGAAUAAAAAAAUCCUGCUAAGUCAUACUCAAGCUCUUGGACAUGCCUAAAGUAGAACUUUAAAUCCUUACCAGUAGAUGUAAUUUUUGUUGUUAAAUGUCUUGUUCUGUAGCCCUAAACAGUUCCGGUGAAUUUGCCUCAAGACCUGGUGCCUGUCCAACAAAGGAAGCGGAAGCAUUAAAUAUUUCAUGCAGAUUGGAUUUGGAUUGUCCAGAACAUAAAAAAUGCUGUGAGACAUCAAAAGGCACUGGCUGUUCUGAUCCUGUAUCAGAAGGUACAGUACUGACCAACAUUUGCUGCCUUCUGACAGGUCUGUGAUCAGAAAUGUUGUGGUGAGGCAUGCCUUAGAGUGCACACAGUGCAUCAAUGCAGGGCAGUCAGAGCCUAGAUGUAGGUAGACUAAUAUCCUUAACAUUAUUCAAUUGUAUUUGAUAUUAAUAAUAGGCACUGUAAUUUUAUGCAAGGCUAGUGCUUGUCUGUCAUCCCAAUGCCUUUGCAUACAUUGGUCAGAACACUGGAAAGGGAAAACAGGCCUUCUUCUUAGGAAACAGUUAGGCAGUUUGUUAACCCUUAUACUUUCACAAGGAAAUUUCUAGAAGGGACCUGAAAUAUUCAUGUGUCUGUGGCCUUUCCCUCCAGCAAAAACAGCCCUUUAUCUACUGAAGGUUGCAGUUUUAUGUAAACACUUACCUGGGUCUUCUGAGUACUCAUGCAUGGGAUAGUUUUGUAUGGUGGUGGAAGGAAAAGGCCAGAUCAUAUUGUCUGUAGAAACACAAAGUCUAAUUCCUAAUUUAUUUAACAGGGAAACAAAUUUGCCUUAACUAGGUGAGUAAAAGAUUAUGCUUCUCAGAUAGCCUUCCUUCUAGCUUUUUACCUUUUAGAAGAGUGUCACUGAUCCGAACACUUGAAAGGCUGAAAGGCUAAUAGAGCAAUUGUAUGCAUAUCUACUUAGAAAUAAGUCCCAUUCAAUUCAAUGGGACAUUUCCACAGGGCAUAGAAUACCAGUCUGAAUGUGUGUUUAGGUGGAACUUUGAAAAGCCAAUAAAAAGAAUUAAAACAGGUUUACAGAAUCUAAAAAAAACACAGUACAUGAUUGCUCAGGAGAUAUACUUUUGAUAAUCAUUUCAUAGUUGAGACUAAGAAAUCAGAAGGAUGACUGGUUUUGAUGUAUCACUGAUUUGCUGAGCAGAUUAAACAUGGCUGUUGUAAAUGAAAAGUCCACUGUGGUAACUGAAAACCUUUCCAUUAAUAUAAUGUUCACACUACAUAUAAAUGGUUUCCUCUCUUCAAUUCCAGAGCAAACAGUGCCAAGAUACUGGUAUGACGUGUCAGUCCUGGUGAAAAUGGAUUUUGAUGAGUUAAAAAGAGUGGAUCCAAAACUUCUGAAUCAUUCACGGCUUCUGCACUCUAUGGUAUGAAUAAAUAAAUAAAUACAGUAGUCUUCAUUCUACUACAUACACUUCUGUUGAUUCUGUUGUAAUGGUGCAACAGAAACUAAAUAGGUCCUAUGACUACCACCUACUGGAGAAGGCACAAAUCAUCAGAAAAGACAUCUGUACUUCCUCCUUAACACACAUGCACUCCUCACCUUAAAAGGCAUAGGCUCCUAUAAGUACAUGCAUGCAAUCUUCUUUUCAUUCUACUCAAGAUACACCUGAAGAGGCACAUAAGGCUUCCCCUUAAAUAUAUAAGCUUGCAAAUACCCAUAUUCUCUCUCUCCGACCUUUUGCUCUCAACGCACAGAGCCAGACUUUUACUCUGCAUGAAUCUUGAUCAAAAGCAGGAUUUGCUUGUAUUUUCACAACCAACUAAGCAGCAAACGCUUGGUGUGCAGAAUGUAAUUAGCAAAAACUUGGCGUGCCAAAGGCAGAACUAUUAUGUGUUACGUUAUAAAUCUGGCUUCUAAGAUCCCAAAGUUUCAGUAGCAGGUUCAAAUUAACCCCUUACAUGUUUAAAGCAUGAAUAAGAAAGUUGCAGGACCAUGCCAGCUAGCCCACCCCUUGCCGCCAGAGCACUUGACAGCCAUGCUACCACUGGCCACAUUCAUUGAGCAAAGUGGCUCUAGGCGUACACUGUGAUGCCCAUGCAAGGGUGAUUUGGGGGUCAAGCUCAUGGCCUUUAUUUAUUGACUAAUUUUGAUUGUACUAUUUCCUCCAUGUGUGUUUAACACGAAAGGAUUAACUGCAUGACUUAAGUUUCACACAGUUAUGUAAUAUAUAAAAAGAGUUUCUUCCUUUUACAGAUUACUGGUGCACUAUGGCCCCUGGAUGUCUCAGUGUAUCAUAUUCGUACCACACAGGCAGAACCCUAUACAGAGACAUUGGUUUCCCGGGUUCUGAUUGGACUGCAAGAGCUGGUUCCAUUGGCAAACGUUUCUUCUUUGUUGAAGGAUAUUGUGAUGCGAGUGUAUGAAGUUAUCGACAUAGUUGUUCAAGGUUGUAACAUUUGAAAUAUAUCUGCCAUUUGCAUAGUUGUGAGGAAAUAGUUACGUAAAGCUUUAUGAACUUAACUUACAAAUGAGAACUAGGACCCUCUGUAAGGUACUUUGUAAACAUGAGAAACUGGGAUCCUUAGGCUGAAGAGGAAAUUGUGUGGAUCCCAUGUAUAAUUUGCAAUGUGUGGGUGACAUUGACAAACCUCUCUUUCACACUGUGAGACUUUCCAGAAGCCCUUUUUGUUUUGGCUUCCAGCUGCACAAAAUACUCUCGAGAUUCUGCUCAAGGAUUUAUAUCAACUGCUAAGUAGCCUCAAAGUUAGCUCAGAUUUAUAUAGCUAUUUUGGGAUUUGGCCUGGCAUGUUAUUUUAUCUGUGGGGUUGUUGUUUUUUGUGUGUGUAUCAAAACCAAGAAGUUUGUAAAGCCUCUAUUUUACAUUUAAUUUCAUCAAAAGGAAAUGAAUGUUCUUAAGCAGAAUUCAAUGUCUGCUGCAGACAAGAAAUUUGUAUUAACCCAGGAGUUCUCAUAAGGAUACUUCUGAGAAUGAAUACAAAUGGAUACCCCUUUUAAGUAAUCUACCAAAGUAUAAAGUAGUAGGAAAUUUUGGUCAAAUAAAAUGUGCUUUGUUUUUCAAUUUGUAUUUUUCCCUUCUGGCUAUAGCAAGUCCUUGAGAAGUUUUACAAUAAAAUCCAUUUAAAACCAAUUAAAAGCCACAUAGACUAUAAAAUCAAAAUGAGUGGCAUAGAAUAAAAAGAACAUUAAACAAGCAGACCAUUUUAUUGUACCAAAAGCCUGAGGCGGGAUGGGGGAAUGCUUUUAAAUAAAAUUGUUGUGAAAGAAGAGCCUCACCCAGAACCACAGAAGAUGGUGCUGAGGCUGGCUAACCCUGAUAUAACUGCCCACACUUUCCCAGCUAUCAAUCAUGUGAAAUUAGGAAGCCAGGUGACACAUUUUCCUUUGCUCACAAUGGUUUGAAUUUAAGCUAUGUAGAGAAAGGAACAGGGGUUUGCAGGCACCACCGAUCAGUUUGCCUCUGUAAACCCCUCUUCCUUUGCUCUGGCACUUUGAAAUCAAAUUGUGUGGCAAGCACAUGGGGUUGUAGCUAUGACUUCACCAACCCAACCCAAAAUAUUGCACAUAAGGGAGUGGGGAAAGCAGCCUUGUAGGCCUCAUGGGUAUAAGCCAUACAGCAUCUGAAAUGAAGGCAUAUAGAAGAAUGCAGGGACUGAUUCCAUUAUUAUUAAAAAUGCAAGAUACUGUGUUUUCUAAACACAAAACUGCUGCUCCAGUCUUCUUUGUGCUUCCACUUCUCACAAUAUAGUAGUGGUGGUUGUGGAUGGUGUUUUUUUUUUGAUAAAAAAAAAUCUAAAGUCUGCAUCAGCCUUAAGAAACAAAUAUAACAAGGCAGAGCUACCACUGAAAAGGUCCUGCUCUUCGUAUUCAUCAGCCUUGCUUUCAAAGAUUGGGGCAUUUAAUCAGGGACUGUCCUGAGUACAUGAGCUUAUGGAAGGGUACAUAAAGACAAGAUUAAACCAAGUCAAGCUAAAUACAUAUGUUACAUAGCUGCCCACUGCAUCUGAACAUUCUUUGAAGUAAAAUGAACAGCAUUAUAACUUCCCAUCUAUAGGCCAAAUGUUAAACUGAAAAUAGGUAAAUGUUAAACAAAGGCAGGAGUAAAUGGACAAAUGCAAAAGCACACAUUAUUGCCAGCAGAGACAGUGAUCAAGGCUGAUGGGUGCCUUAGUUCAACAACACCACAUUUGCUACUCCUGAUACAUGCAGAUACUGAUUUGAGCCUUCCCUUGCUCACACUUACAUAGCCAAAACUACCAACAACACACAGGAGAGGGCAUGGAUGAAAAGAAAACCGCCACAAUUUUUGUUGCAGGUUCCAUUUGUUCAAUGAAUAGUUAAAGCGAGCACUUCUGAAGAGGGGAGUUCUGGGAGUUGCUUUGUAAUUCUGUCUGCUUUAUUAUUAUUUUAGAUGCCACAGACUCUGGUCCAGAUUCACUCAAUGUUCCAUUUAAAAUAAGAAAUUCUUCUGUUUCAGCUACAAAUUCAACAUCUGCAUCACAGGAACUCAGCAGACCAGAGGAUUCGAAAUGCUGUAAGUUACAUUUUCUUUUAAAAACUAUUACCUUUUGCAUCCACUUUGUCUAAGGGAAAUAGUGCAUGGCCGCCUUUUGGCUCAUUUUUUCUUAGAGGCAGUAGGGAGUAGAGCACCACACAAACAAAAAAUAAGUCCUAAAUGAACAUAGAAGGAUAUUUUAUUUCUCUCCUGAAGUCUGCCUGAGUUCUGAUAUCUACAGUGACAUCUGGUGGCUUGUAUGAAGAAAUCAGCCAUCCAUUCCAUUACAGAUUUCUUUUUUCACAGACUCGUUUAAUUCCUUUUUCACUGUGAAGAAAACUAAUUGAAUGUGCAUGUGCAUUACUUGUUUUCUCAUCACAUGACUGCUCAAUACAGUUGAAUGUGCAAACUGUAGAAUGUGUUUUAAUAGGUAGGCGAGGUUAUAUUGAUUGCAAUUUAUCCCACCAGGUGCCCACGCAUGUGGGUUGAACAGAGUUUAAAGUCCCAUACUUAACAGCAGAAUGUAAGUACAGUGGUACCUCGGGUUAAGCACUUAAUUCAUUCCGGAGGUCUGUUCUUAACCUGAAAGUGUUCUUAACCUGAAGCACCACUUUAGCUAAUGGGGCCUCCUGCUGCCGCUGCGCCGCCAGAGCCCAAUUUCUGUUCUUAUCCUGAAGCAAAGUUCUUAACCUGAAGCACUAUUUCUGAGUUAGCGGAGUGUGUAACCUGAAGCGUAUUUAACCUGAAGCGUAUGUAACCCGAGGUACCACUGUAUACAGAAAUAGGCUGUGAACAGGGCCGGACUUAGAUGAAGAGAGGCCCUAGGCUACUCCACUUGUGAGGCCCCUCCCUAUCUCCCACCCUCAUAACUAGAAGAAAAUGGAAGAGUGUUAUAAACAAAAUUGAGUGAAGCUAAGGAUGAUGACGGAUAUUUAAAAUUAUACAAUUCACAAUUUCUCCUCUAAAGGACAUAUUACAGUGGUACCUCGGGUUACAUGCUGUCAGAGCUGCUUCCAGAUCCUAGCUCACAGAGGAUCACGCUAGCCAGCGAUCAUUAAACAAAAGUCUUUAUUGAGUUACAGUUUCCAUUCUCAAGCUGCUGCGUGCAGAUCUACGUCUCAUGCUUAGAUCGGCGAAGCUCCGUCUGAGUCUCCGCCCCUUGUACACCAACUUAAUAUCCUAGCCCUGCUCCACCUUUUCCGCCUGACUGUUCUUCUCUGGGUCCCUCUGCCCCCCGGGGUCUCUUCCUUCCGGGAUUCCUCUGGCGCUGGCGCUGACUCCCCUGACUCUUCUCCCUCCUUUCGGCGGGCUUUAGGACCUGGCUCCCUUUCCGGGCUGCCUACUGCGCCACCUUCCUGUGCAUUUGAACUUGCGCGCGCGCCCAACCUUCCACCUUCCGUCUGACCGUUUCUUCGCUCCCCGAUGGAGGUGUGGCCACUCCUGACUCGUGCCCUCCCCCCUGUUGUGAGUUGCCAGCGCUCGAUCCCUGGCGCCCUUCCUCUUCCCUGCUCUCUGGCGGUGACGUUGGUCCCGAUUUCCAACUGCUCCCUCUGAGUCCCCUCUGGCUCUAUCUUCCUGGGGUGUCCCCUAGGCUCCCCCUUGCCCUGGCCACUGGUGCUCCUUUCUGUGAAUCUUCUGAUUCACUGGAAAGACUCGGAGAUCUCGGGUCGUCGUCAUCACUCAUCUUUUCUUCUGCCUCCUCCCCCUCGCUCUCUGUUUCCUCCCUUGCCCUUGCCUCUGCUCCUGAACCCCUGACAUCCAUCCCCCUCGAAGCCCCUCUUCCCCCUCCCCUCCUUCCGGUGCGGGAUCUGGGUGCUGCCGUGUCAGGCGGACCAAUGUCGGAAACAGUUCGCUUCCCGUGGCUGGCCGCCAUCUGAAGUCUUCCGGUUCUUCCUCCCUGCUCUCGUUGGCGCCGGUCACCUCCGCUUCCAUCUCUGUGCCGCCGUGCUCGAAGCCCGGGUCGUCCCGAAAAAGUCCAUGUCCGUCUCUCCUCGUUGCCUUCUGGAGACGUUGCUCGUCCUGGACCCUCCAGCCACCUUCUACGGAACUGCUCCUCUGGUCGAUCAUCCCACCAAUACGAGGGUUCUGAAGCAGAUCCUGAGGGUGACCCCUCCGGGGAACGGGCGUCUCGUGUCGGUUCCUCGUCCGAGUCGAACCCCGGACGUGCUGGCUGAAGCGUGGGCGUGAAAAGCCAGUCGUCGAAAAAGUCUGCUGGCAUUGGCCUAUGUGGGAAGAGGGCAUGAAACUCUUCUUUGAGCAGAGGUUCGUCUAAAGCGUAGCCCGGCACCCAGCUGUUGGCACUGGUCGGGGUGCCCUCCUUGGCGAGAAGGUAUUCUACCCCUCUUCCCACCAUCUGGAGUCCAAAAUCUCCGUGACUUCGUUGAUGCGCUCCCCCGUGCCACUCCCCCCUGCCCGGUUCUCUCUCGGAGCGGACCCGGUGCCGUUCCUGGUUCCUGAAACCUGUGAGGUGCCUUGUAGGGAGUGAGCACCGAUCUGUGGAACACCGGAUGCAUUCUGGAACCCUCCGGAAGAGCCAGCCUGAAAGCCACCGGGUUGACCUGUUCUUCGACUUGGUAGGGCCCCAGUUGUUUAUGCCCUAGUUUCUUCUUCGCCAACGACCUGGCCGGCACUGCGUGGGCUGCUAACCAGACCCAGUCUCCCACUUGGAUCUCUUCGCCAACCCUUCUGUGUUUGUCCGCUUGUACCUUGUAUGCGUGUUUAGCCAGCUCCAGGUGCCGCCGCAGCUGAUCGUGGACCUCCUGCAACUCCGACGCGACUGCAUCUGAUGUCUGCGGCUCCCGCUCCCCCAUUCUUUCCAGUCCCGGGAAGGUUCUGGGGUGCCUCCCGUUGUUGGCGAAGAACGGCGUGACCCCCGUGGACACGUGCUUCGUGUUGUUGUAGGCGAACUCGGCGAGAGGCAGGUAAUCCACCCACGUCGCAGGCUGUUGAUUCGCAUAACAUCUCAGGUACUGCUGCAUGAUGGCAUUGACCCGCUCCGCUUGCCCAUUGGUCUGCGGGUGUCUAGCCGACGCCAGGUUGAUCUUGACGUUCAGGAAGCCCAUCAGCCUCUGCCAGAAGUUCGAGAUGAACUGUCGCCCUCGGUCGGACAGAAUAGACCGCGGCAGACCGUGAACCUUGAACACGUGGUCUAUGAACAGUUUGGCGGUUUGUUCCGCCGUGGCCACCUUCGCACACAGAAUGAAAUGUGCCAUCUUGGAGAACAAGUCCACCACCACCAGCACAGCCGUCUUGCCCCUCGAGCUGGGCAGAUCCGUGACAAAGUCCAGGGCCACUCUCUCCCAUGGUUCGAGCGGAGUUUGCAGCGGUUCCAGCGGUCCGUCCGGAGGUGUGUGCAGUGGUUUGGCGCUCUGGCAGGUGUCACACCUCGCGACGUAGUCCGCGACUUCCCUCUCAUUCCUGGCCACCAGAAGUCUCUGGCUACUAAUUCCACCGUUUUCUCCUUGCCAAAGUGCCCGGCAGUGGGCGCGUCGUGCAGCUGCUGCAGUACCUUGGCUCGAAGUUCGUCUCCCGGCACGUAGAUGGCCCCUUUACGGAUGAGCAAACCAUCUCGCAGCUGGAACUCGUCGGUCGCUGCCGUGCCCCUGUGCGCCUCUGCCAUCUUUGCUUGCGCGAAGGAGUCAUCCUGCAACGCUCGUCGCACCGCCUCCAGGUCAACUGUCGCCGCCGUGCACGCCCACACUGUCGGUGCGAAGAUGUGCAUGGCGGCCGCUGGCGUUGCCUCCUCCAAAUACUGUGGCUUACGGGAGAGAGCAUCCGCCAUGAUGUUGGUGUCCCCCGGGACAUACUCUAUUCGGAGUCGAAAUUCGCAAAGAACUCAGCCCAACGUAUCUGCCUCUGGUUCAGGAACUGUGCCGUGCGCCAGUGCUCUAGAUUCUUGUGGUCCGUGCAGACCUGCACCGUGUGCUUGGCGCCGAUCAGGAAGUGCCUCCACGCUUUGACGCUGCAUGAAUGGCCAGCAACUCCCUGUCCCAGAUGGUGUAGUUCUGUUCGGACUUGCUGAGCUUCCUUGAGUAAAACGCUCCCGGCCUCCAAACCCCCUGCGGGUCCUUCUGCAGCAGGACUGCUCCCACGGCUCUGUCCGAGCGUCUGUCUCCACCCUCAUCGGCCUGCUGGGGUUGACAUGAAGCAGUUGCUCUUCCGACGCGAAGAGGCGGCUGAGUGCCUGAAAGGACUGCUCCGCCUGCUCUGUCCAGAUGAACUUCUUUUCUUGGAGCUGAGCGUGUCCGUGAUGGCCGCUGUCUGCAUGGCAAAGCCUUUGAUAAACUUGCGAUAGAAGUUCGCAAAGCCGACAAACCGUUGGACCUCCUUCCGGUUGCGUGGGCUUUUCCAAUCCAACACUGCUCGGACCUUGGUGCUGUCCAUGGCGAGCCCUUUAUCAGACAACUUGUGGCCAGAAAUCCACCUCCGUCACGUCGAGUUGGCACUUCUCCAGCUUGGCGUAAAGCCUAUGUUGCUGUAGCCUGCUCAGCACUUCCUUGACGUGCCUGUCAUGCUCCUGCUGCGAUUCCGAAAAGAUCAGGAUGUCAUCCAAGAAACAGACGCACGUCUUGUAGAGAGCCCCGCCAACACGUGAUGCAUGAAAGCUUGAAAAACGUGGGAACCAUUUUGCAAUCCAAAAGGCAUAACUCUAUAUUCGUAGGUGCCCAGGGCGUGAACAUGGCUGUCUUCCACUCAUCUCCUUCCCGCAUGCGAAUGAGGUUGUACGCCCCUCGCAGGUCCAACUUGGUGAACACGCUGCCCUUCCGUACCUUUGCGAGGAGGUCGUCGAUUCGGGGCAUGGGGAAGUCCGAUGGCUUGGUCACGCUGUUCAAAAUGCGAUAGUCCACUACAAGUCUUUUUGGGGCGUGUCCCGCUUCUUAACAAAGAAUACCGGACUGCCCCCGCUGCCUUGGACUCUCGGAUGAAACCGCGCUCCAAAUUAUGAUCUAUGAACUCUUUGAGUUCCUGCAGUUCGAUCCUCAGACAUGGAAUACAACUUCCCUUUGGGCAGCGCCGCCCCGGCAGCAGGUCAAUUCUGCAAUCAUAUGGUCUGUGGGGGUAGCCUGUCUGCCUCCUUCUCACAGAAAACCUCCAAAAAUGCUGCGUACUUGUGGGGAACCGCUUGCAGCGUGCCUAGCUGCAGCUGUGACUCCUCUUCCUCUCCUUCCUGCCGGGGCACGAUGCAGUGUUCAGCGCAAAAGGAAGAGCCGAAGGUCAGCUGCCUCUGGUACCAAGCCAGCGUCGGGCUGUGCUUGUCCAGCCAACUCAUGCCCAAUACAAUGGGCGUGUCCGAUAGUUGAGUGACAUUGAAGCUGAUGAUUUCCCUGUGAUUCCCAAGUCUCAUCACCAUUGGUGGCGUCUGCUUCACCACUUGCCCCCCUAGCAGCUCCCUGCCAUCCACCGUGACAACCUGCAGGGGCAGCGUGGCAGGCAGCAACUGUAUAGCGUGCCGGUCGACAAAGUCCUGCCCUAUAAAGUCCGCAUUGCUUCCGGAGUCAAUGGUGAUUGGCACGUCCAUGGUGAUGCCAUUGGGCAGCUGGAGCGACGCGGUGAGCCUCACUACUGGUUUGGGCGGGAGGGGUCCAUGGGCUGUAAAAUCUCUGGGGACUGCUUCACUGACACGUCUGGCUGGGCCCCAGUGCCUCUUUCUCCAGCCAGACUCCGUCGUUUCCCUGCCGUGGUUCUCCUUGCUGCGUUGCUGCAGUUACCAUUGCUGAGGCUGCAGUGUGCUUGUGGAGCCUCUGGGGACACUCUUUCGCCAUAUGCUGUGGAUCAUCGCAGAUGUAGCACUUCCUGUUCCCUCUAGGAGGCUUCGCUUUCACUGCUGCCGGUGCUAGGGCUCUGGCUGCUGACUGAGCCCUUGCACCUCCAACCUCCAUAGGUUCCGCUCCUCCUCCUGGCGGAGGCGUGGAUUGCGCACGCGCUGCUUCUCUGGGAAGGAAGGAGGAGCCCCUGGCUGGUUCGCGCCCUCCACGCCCUUCGUCCCUGCUCCACGGACGUUCUUCCAGCCGCACCCCACCGCCAGCGCCCUCUGAGCGAUCUCCUGCGUGGUCCGGGGUCUCUCCCCUCGCAAUUUCAUCUUUAACCGAGCCGUGCAAUCCCUCCCAAAACAGGUCUCUUACAGGAGCCGAAUCUCUGUCCCAUUCCAGAGCACUGACCAAAGCGAAAAGCGGGCAUGGUACUGCCUUACGCUGGCCCUCCUUGCUUCAGUCCAUGUAUCUGCUGCCGAGCAAGAUCCACGUCAAUGCUUGAUAAAAGCACCCAUCCAUCGCUUUAAUAAAGGCAUCCGCAUUUUGGAGCGCCGGAUCCUUAUCUCUCCACAAAUUGCGCAGCCAUGCUUUAGCAUCUCCAUGCAAAUGGGACAUGAUGAAUCCCACCUUCUCUUGCUCAUCUCUAAAGUCUUUGUUCAGCAGUUGCAGUGCACACAUUACAUCUGCUCUAAAGUUGGGGUACUGUUGCAAAUUCCCAUCGAAGUGAGAGACCAGACCGCCUGUUCGUCUCCCCAACCCAAUCCCCUCCGGUUUGGGUGUCAGUUGCCCUUGCUCGUAAGCACUUCCAACCUGACCUGGAGAUCCCUGUAGGCGGCAGCUGCGUCCUCCUCUCUCUUCCUGGAUGCAAGAGCCUCGGCAUUCAGUCGUGACACUGCUUCUCUGAGUUCCGCUAUCUGCUGUUCGGCCGUCAUAUUGUCUGCCGUUCGUGAGCUCGCUAGUAGGCACCCGCUUUCUCUCCUCUCCGCGAGGCCGUAGAUGCCCACAAUUUAGGAGACGGAGCUUACUGUCAGAGCUGCUUCCAGAUCCUAGCUCACAGAGGAUCACGCUAGCCAGCGAUCAUUAAACAAAGUCUUUAUUGAGUUACAGUUUCCAUUCUCAAGCUGCUGCGUGCAACUCUACGUCUCAUGCUUAGAUCGGCGAAGCUCCGUCUGAGUCUCCGCCCCUUGUACACCAACUUAAUAUCCUAGCCCUGCUCCACCUUUUCCGCCUGACUGUUCUUCUCUGGGUCCCUCUGCCCCCCGGGGUCUCUUCCUUCCGGGAUUCCUCUGACGCUGACGCUGACUCCCUGACUCUUCUCCCUCCUUUCGGCGGGCUUUAGGACCUGGCUCCUUUCCGGGCUGCCUACUGCGCCACCUUCCUGUGCAUUUGAACUUGGCGCGCGCGCCCAACCUUCCACCUUCCGUCUGACCGUUUCUUCGCUCCCCGAUGGAGGUGUGGCCACUCCUGACUCGUGCCCUCCCCCCUGUUGUGAGUUGCCAGCGCUUGAUCCCUGGCGCCCUUCCUCUUCCCUGCUCUCUGGCGGUGACGUUGGUCCCGAUUUCCAACUGCUCCCCUCUGAGUCCCCUCUGGCUCUAUCUUCCUGGGGUGUCCCCCUAGGCUCCCCCCUUGCCCUGGCCACUGGUGCUCCUUUCUGUGAAUCUUCUGAUUCACUGGAAAGACUCGGAGAUCUCGGGUCGUCGUCAUCACUCAUCUUUUCUUCUGCCUCCUCCCCCUCGCUCUCUGUUUCCUCCCUUGCCCUUGCCUCUGCUCCUGAACCCCUGACACAUGCGCUUCAGGUUACAGACUCCGCUAACCCAGAAAUAUUACCUCGGGUUAAGAUCUUUGCUUCAGGAUGAGAACAGAAAUUGUGCUCCAGUGGUGUGGCAGCAGCAGGAGGUCCCAUUAGCUAAAGUGGUGCUUUAGGUUAAGAACAGUUUCAGGUUAAGAACGGACCUCCGGAACGAAUUAAGUACUUAACCCAAGGUACCACUGUAUUGUUAAAUACCAUGGUGAUUUUAAAAAAUGCAUAAAAUUAACACUGAAAAACUUUUGCAGUAACUGAACUUUGUACACCUUUUGUGGCCUGGGCAGGCCUGGAACUAGUCCCCAUGUCCUGCUCCUCUCUAAGGAAUGAAGUUCAGACUUCAUGGCAUUUAACCAAGGCUCAGCAUCCUCUGAGGUUAAACUUUGGACAUCUUGGAGGCUUGAAGGUUCCCAAACCUUCUCUGAGUUACUAACAACAGCUGUAUCUGCUAUGACUGUUUUAGCAAACUCCUGGGCAGGGCAGGCUGGGUCGUACUCUUAUAUACCUGCUGGGAUUCACAAGGCAUCUGACCCUCACCUGAAUCUCAUAGCUCCCCUGUAGCUGUCUCUGAUUAGUUACCAUUAGCAUCACACGCCAUGUGCAUGGAAGUUGCCGAACCAAUUAACCAACUAGAAGGGUUACUGUUAAUAGCACCAGUUUUCCUAUAACUUGAUAUUGCUGGAUAGUUUGAUGAACUGCAAAAGCAUUUUUAGUUUGCUUUCUGUUGCCACCCUGGAACUUUUCUUUAUUAGUGCCACUUUGUUUUGGACAAUUCCUUGCAAAUGAAGGAAAACAACUUUUCUGCUUGUAUAUGUUGAUAAUAUAAUUUUGGUUACUGAGGAUAAACAAGAUUGUACAAAAACAAGAUUGGGUGCAGGCCUGGCCACGACAUAGGCGUCCUGACUGUGACAAAGGUGACCUGUGUCCUUGCUUGCUUGCUUAACAGCUGUUGGGAACUUCAGGGUCCCUGCUCUCCCUUCUUAUGGUCUUUGUACUGGACCUGGAGACUCCAAUAGAGAGCAUUCCAUGUUAAGAAGGAGGGCAAAUGGGCACUCUAUCAAAUGACAGGGCAGGAGUUACACGGAGCAGGGCCUUUUCACUGGUGGUGCCCAUUGUAUGCCUCGCUCUUCCCAGACCUGCUCUCUUUUGGCCUGUAUUUUGGAGCUUUAUAAUUUAGGAAGACUUUGGAAGAACUGGUUGACAAAUCUUAUCAGUUGCUGACGUAUGAGCGGAUUUUAUUUGCUGCUAUUCUGUGCUUCUGGUGCACCAGGAUUUACACCUGUGUAAUAGAGUUGGCCAGGAUGCCAGAAGGGAUACAAUUUAUGAGCUUUCUCCAUUAUCUGCACAGCAGGGGGUGUUCAGUCAACAGUGCAAAGGCUGAGCUGAAGCAUUCCCUGCUGGUUACCUGCUUUCAGCAAUAGGGGUCGCUGUUUGGUAGUACCCAAUUGGUUAGCUGUCAGAUUCUAGAGCUCCCUAUUGGUGGCUCUUAGGUAAUUCACAAAAUACAGAGUCCAUUCAUAAAACACAGUGUUCAUUCAUAAAGCACUAACAUAAAUCUCCAUCGCUAUAUAUUGGGUGUAUAUUUCAGCAGUUGAACGUACAAGUUUAUGGCCAUGCUGUAGUGUAGUACUUAUGCGACUGGGAAUAAAAGGAGGCUGGGCUCAUUGUCUGAGGGUUUGGGGGGGGAAGAGGUGACAAAAUUGAUUUCCAAUAAGUGCCCCCCUUUAUUUCCAUAACAAGUCAUUGAGUCUGUACUCUGAAUGGUGACAACAGGGACCUAGAAGGUGCAGGGCUUGUCAGUCCAACCCCUGCACAGUCUCAUCAGGGCUGACCUUAAGGUCUUGCUUCUGAGGCAUGUACAAAGUAUCAGUCAGAACAAACUGACCACAUGAGAAAAAAAUUGUGACAUUGGGAUAUGUGUAGAUCUCCACUGUGACGUAAAUAGAAGUCACCCUAGGGUAGAAAACUAGCUGUCUGAAUUCACCUUAGUUCCAGCAAAGCAAACAAUUCAUUUAUUGUACAUACCACCGUUCAGUAGAAAUUUGCCAGGCAGUUUACGUAAAAUGAUACCAUUAAUACAUAAUUACAUAAAUGGAACCAAUUCAUACACUAGAUAAUGCUGUUGUGACUUUGGGACAGUAGUCUGUAGGAUUCCUGAGUCUCUUCUAAUCCCUGGGGUCCUAGAUCCAGCAAUGGUUCAAAUCUAAUGGAGGUCAGGCAAGUUUUUUUUGUGAGUGAGUUAAUGGCCCGAAGGACCAUUGUUAGUAUAACAAAAGAAGUUGCUCAGUGCCCAGGGGCAAAUGGAUGGGCCCCCUCCCUCACCUGUCUGGUAGUGAGAAAGACAAAAGCCAGAGUGUGUGACAGCUGGAGGCUGGUUGCAGGCAGAAGCUGGGGUCAGAGCCGUUCUUGACUUCUGCUGGAAUCCAACUCUAACUAUGGGAAGUUAGAGUUAGGAGUUAUGUGAGCUAGAAACUGGAUGCAAAAAUGCAACAGGCUGGAAAGACAGAGAGAGAGAGACAUGGCUGGUGUCUACUUGAAUUCAAGGCUGCACCUAUGGGAGAAACAAGACCUUCUUGGGGUGUUAAUUAUGUGAUCCCCUCCAUCAUAGGCUGAAGUUGUAUACAUGUGUAAAUAAACCAUAUAUCAUAAAGACACUACAGUCUCUGCUAUGGCUUAAUCCAAGGAAACCAAACCCUGAGUAUAAGCACCUGGAACCCCUUACUGCUCAGAGACCAGGGUAGCUUGCAGCAAUACUUUGGGUCUGUAAAUAUACUUGGCCAUUUUGAGGCCUCAGACUGGUACACAAAAGCUUCCUUGAUAAAGUUUUCUGUAUUGAAAACUUUGUUUCUUGCAGCAAAAUAUCAUUUUAAGAAAUGUGAGUUCUCUAGCAAUGAAGUACUGAAGAUUUUGUCUUUUCUACAUGGUUGGUUUUUGCCUGGAGAAUUUUAAUAGCUUGCAUAAUUGCUUAUUCUGCUGUAGAUUUAGCCACUUCUUUAAGCUAAUUGAAUCAAGAAACUUACAUUUGCAUGAAUGAAUAAACAUGACGCUGUUGAAUAUUUAACUCCUGUCAAGACAUGGCAUGUGGUUUCCACAGUCCUGCAUACCACUACUAUUUAUGUAACAGAACUCCUGUGAAUUUGCCUUUUAAUACAGCACUGAAUAAUGUUUCAAUUGCAGAAUUCAGAAUGCGUUUAUUAAAGAAGUCCCCCUCAAAAUAAUAUAAUAUAAAUCUUCAACAUUUUAUAUUGCUUUAACUUCUUAAGAAAUGUAGAUGUUUUCAUCUUGUGACAAUCCAUGUUGGCCCAAGACAUUUUGGUGCCUGAAGUGGCUCACAGAUUUUGCCUCCCCCACACCAGGGUUGACACUUUAGAAAAGUCUUGUUGCUCCAAAUAUACACCAAUUCGUCUGAAGCAAAUCAUUUCAUCCUGCUGCAUGGCAGGACUGUCAUUGGUAGCCAAAUACUUUGGAUGUGAGAAAUAGAAUGGUGUUCAGCUUAAGGACUUUUUUUUUUACUACUUUGGUAUGACACAGGAAUGCUGCCACAAGUCAAUCUUGUAUUAAUUUUGUAAAAAUAAAAUAAAAAUGACAUGCAGUUUCUCAAUCUCAUUAUAGUGAUGUCUUUUCCAGAUGUUGUAAUGCAUUUCUUCACAUUCUCUUAUUCCCUGAGUAGCCCAGAGAUUAAGAUCAGCUUUAGAAGAUCUCUUUCCUUUGGAGGAAAGAGCCCUGGACACCUCUUGUAGGUUGCAGCAUCUGUCUAUUUAAAAAUUACAUAUAAGUUGGGCAGAUAACAAGCUCCUAGAAUAUUUUUGUCAGAAACCAAAAUCAUUAAUUCUGAGCCCCCUAUUUCCCUUUUCAUCACUGUGCCCCUAACAAUCUGGAGGGUCAGCUAUUACUCUGACCAUUCAACCCUUGGGGCCAAAAGUAAACAGUCCCACAAGUCCUUCAUAUACAUGGAAGCAAUCCUGGAUCAUUAGGGGCUUGGGAUACAUUUUAUAUUGACUAUGUACUUUGCUGACUUCAGUUGAGUUUGAACAUUUCUAUUGAAGUUGAUGAAGCAUUUUUUAUCUCCAAAUCUCAAAGAAAUGCAUAUACGGUUCUAUACCUAGGCAAUAAGGUAAGAAUUCAUGUAUAGCAGUGAUAAUGAUAUAGCUCAGAUUUUUUGCUGGUAACUGUAUUCUCCUCACUUAAAGAACUAUAAAGUGAACAAUGAAGGAAGAAAAAAGAAAAUAAUAGGUGUGUAGCAGAUGUUUUCUUUUUGUUUAAUUCUGUAGUGCAGAGGUUUUCAACCUUUUUGGGUCCAUGGCUCCCUUGACCAACUACAUUCUUUCUGCUGCAUGCCACAAAUGCAACUGAAUGAAUUAACAAAUGAUUAAAGUAGGAUUAGGAUUAUAAAUGGUCAAUCUAGCAUUUAAAUUUAAUGUCAGGAGGCAAUUUUAUAUAAAUGCACAGUGAAUUUGUAUUCCUAUUAUUACUUAAGGGCUGCAAUUGUAUGCAUAUUUACCUUUGAAUAAAGCCCAUGGAUUAUAACAGGGAUUACUUCUUUGAGUAAGAUUACAUAGUACACAUGCAACUGUGGUACCUCUCACCUAAUUGCUAUUUCAGAUGCUCCAGCUAUUAGAAACCACAAGAUCUUCGGUGUUACUAGCAGCAGUUUUGAAGUGGCUUGGAGUGUGAAUUCGACACGGAACCAUUCGUUCAAUAUAGAAAUAUUCAAAGGCAAAGAACUCGUGCAACAAAUAGAAACCAUUGAUACCAAACUAGAUGUGUUCAAUCUGGAAUCAGGCAUAAUGUACACAGUGAACAUCAGUGCUGAAGAUUGUGGGAAAAAGACUGUCUCAAGUAGAAAAGUAAAGACAGGUAACAACCAUUUUAGAAUUUGGUUUUCCUAGUAUAAAUCUGGACUGUCCAAGAUAUUGUGUUCAUAUUUCAGGUCAGACCUUCAGCUACAUUUCAUCAUCUCUACUCAGCCCACUUGAAUGAGUCAGUGCAGAUUUAUAGCUAAUCGUCAUUGCCUAGAUUAAUUACUGUCACAUCAUAAUUAGUAUGAACUACUAAUUCAUAUAGUUUUGUCAUAUAGUUUUGUCAUAUAGUCAUAUAGUUUUGAAAUGUGUUUUGAUAGAUCUGUCUGUCCACCACCCAUAUUACUCACUUAAUAUUUUGUCUUUUAGAUGCCUUAGUAUUUGGUUUAACAAUAAGGAUCUUGAAUUAUAACUUCACGGAUCAGCUCCUCAACGCUAGCAGUAUCGAAUAUCAGGCAUUUUCUAGCAUUCUGAUGACUGAGGUAAUACUAAAAAUAUAAACUCCUUUUUAAAAAAAAUAAAAAAUGGGAUAUGUUAUUCACAAUAAGUACUAUAUUUUAUAGCAGAGGGUCCUAGCAAAAGAUAUAGGAUGAUAACUGCACCAGGAACAACUUCCAUUUUACGUGUUAAGCUGAUAAUGCUACCAUAUUCCUUCACCAAGGCACCAAAUCCUCUUUCAUAACAUGCAUAAAUUCCAACAUGGUUUCUCAAGGGGUUAGCUGUUUUCCCACCAACACCAUUCUUGUAAAGUUGUGACAAAUAAUCAUAUGGAAAGAGGCACAUUAUGAGUUAGAACACUUUAAUUGGAUACUAUAGGUAUAGGGCAUUAAUUUAUAUGCUAUUCCAACUAAAGUGCUACAUCUUUUUUACCAUUGUGGAGCAAGUGAAUGACAACUGUGUAGAACCAUCUGAAUUAAUGGAAGUUUCAGGUAGCCUACUAAAUUACCACUUUUUUGUGGGUGCACCAUGGAACAUAGGUUUUUCUACAAAUUCUGAAUACAGACGUGAUAGUGUUGUGGAAAACAAAAUUCAGUGUAUAUAGUUUUACAUUAAACUAGCAAUAGUUCUCUUAUCUGUUUUCAGAUCAGAAAGUCACUUCCUUCAAAUAUGUCUACAUUAUACCAGAUGGGAAAGCUGAAAGUGCAAAUAGACUCUCUUAAAGCUGGUAGCAUCGUUGUGAGACUUAAAAUCAUAGUAGAAGACCCAUUAUUUCCAAAAGACUUGUCUGCAUUUGAGCCAAUGAUUUCAUCACUGUUCAACAGUUCUGCAUUCCUUGUUGACCAGAAUAGCUCUCGAGUAGAAGGUAGGCUAUCUAAUUUAAUGUCAAACUUGCAUAGCUUCUCAGUUAUAGUACAGAGGAAACUAGUAUUAGGUCUUUAGAUCUCCCAGGCCUUGGAGAAAUUACUGCAUUAUUUCUCAUUCUAGUCCCAGUUAACCUAACCAAAAUUGCUUUGCUUAUUGAAUUUUGGUUUUUGAAUUACAGACUGGAAUGAAUGUGCAUCCCGGGCAGAGAAUGAUUGUUGCACCUUUGCAGAAUGUAUCAAUACAUUGGGCUCAUAUAUGUGCAGAUGCAAGACAACCACAGAUGCCAAUCCAUCCCGACCUGGGAGAAACUGUGAGGGUAAGAUUCACACUUGUUCUUCUGUGGAGGUUUUUUUUUUCUUCCCAUGGAUUGAAAAGGAUUCUACUUUGCCCCUCUUCGUGCAACCACCCCCAGCAUUCCGACUGCUCACCCAGAUCUACCUUCACACCUGGAGGGAAGGCCUGCAGGAGGAGCCACUCAUACUUGCUUAGGCUACUCCAUGCAAGGAGGUGCCUUGUGUGAAUGGGGAAGGGCUGUAGUUCAAUGGUUGAGCAACUGCUUUGCAUGCAGAGGGUCUCAGGUUCAAUCCCUGGAGAGAGAACCAUGUCUAGACUCUGGGGAGACACUGCCAGUCAGUGUAGCAAGUACUCAGCCAUAUGGAUCACUGUUCUGACUCAGUGUUAGUCAGCAGCUGCCUUUGUUCCUCUGUACCGUCAGGACGUCAGCAGAUGGGCAAGUGCAAUGUCAGAGGUGAGUCCAGUAAAAUGGAGGCCCUUCUCAUGGAAUAAGACAUAAAGGAGACUAGUGUUUCAUAUUUACUAUUAAUUGAUUUAUACUAGUACAGUAGUUUCAUGUAUAGUUGUUUGCCAAGGAAAUACCACUCAUAUUGUACACUUCGGUUUGUGUCAAAUGUGUAAAUGUUGCAUUCCAGGUGAUAUUGUGGAUCCGGUUACAGAAAUGGUGCCUGCAUUUGAAGUAAAUGCUACAGAAGGACUGCCUGGGACAGGUUCCACUCCUCUGGCAAUGUCUGAAGUAAGGGCAGUGACUUCAUUCACAUCUAAGUCCACUGAGACAAUAAUACUGCCCUCAAAUGGGACCCAAGAGUCAAGCACUCUUCCAUCAGACAAAACCCUGUCAGCAUCUCAGAGAAUGACCACUUCAGGGUAUGUGAGGAACAAUUACAGCCAGAGCACUUCAGCAACCCCUGCUCUGGUGACAAAAAAGUGGGACAAUAUAACUACCACUGGGUAUGUCAAGAAUAAUAACACCCUCAGUACUUCAGAAACUCCUGCUCCAGUAACAAAAAAGUGGGACGAUGUAACUACCACAGAAUAUGUCAGGAAUAAUAAUACCCUGAGUACCUCAGAAACUCAUCCUCCAGUAACAAAAAAGUGGGACGAUGUAACUACCACAGAAUAUGUCAGGAAUAAUAAUACCCUGAGUACCUCAGAAACUCUUCCUCCAGUAACAAAAAAGUGGGACGAUGUAACUACCACAGGGUAUGUCAGGAAUAAUAAUACCCUGAGUACUUCAGAAACUCCUGCUCUGGUGACAAAAAAGUGGGACAAUGUAACUUCAUCAAAUGAAAGCUUAGUUGAAGAGAGAUCAACAACACAAGAAAGGCAUAACUCUUCAAUGUCCAUGUUUCCUGGCAUUUCAAAUAUUACAGUUCACCCUUUUGUGAGAAAUGGCUCUGAAGUAGAGACAAGCACACCUGGCCUCAUAACUGAGAGAAGUUCUCAGCAAAAUGCAACUUCAGCCCUGAAUGUAACCCAACACCCCACAUUUUAUGUUCCCAAUCAUACCCUUGAUAAAGAGAUGGGGAAAGAUAACAGAUCUUGGUCUGAGAAAAAUCCAUCCACAACAUUACCAUCUUUGUCUGGGGGCUACACAGUUGCCGCCCCUGCCUCAGAUUGUGGUGGUGAGUCUGCUUUUACACUAAAACUUUCCUUAAAAUCAACUUGUUAGUAUGUAGAAAAAGACGUUGAGGGUUAGUGUGUGUAGAAAAUGCAAGAGAAUGGCUACAGGCCAGUCAAAUUCCUUUGAGAUUUAAGCACACACCUCUUAAUUUCACUCAGUUACAUCUCCUGUUUGCAGAGUGGAUGUCCAAAGUACAGAAGAACUGUCUAAAUUUGGUGCUGAAUGCAAGCUGCACUGUUAGUGAUGGGUCCAUUUGGGAGCUCUGAUUAGGAGUUCCCAGAUGGAUCUGACCACAGUCAAAAGCAGUGCAACUUGCAUUUAGAGUCAAAUUUAAAUGGUGCUGAAUACAAGCUAUGCUUGCCAAGGGACAGUUCAGAGAGCACUUCAGAUUACCCAAUCGGAGCUCCCAAAUUGAUCCGAUCCUGGCGGUUUAAAUUUUGUGCUGCAUGCCAGUAGGUGGCCCCACUGGUCAUAUGAGCCCUGCAAAGGGUUGGCUACAGUGUGAUCUGGCUUUCCUAUCCCUGGUAGAACCUUUGCCUCAGAGGAGGCAUGCUUUCUCCAAACCCAGUUUCCACCUCUUCCUAGUAAGAUUCUUCUGGCAAGCACUGAGGCCAAUUCCUCACUGACAGAGGGUACUUCCCCUCUUUCAAAGAAGUAUCCUAUAAACAUAACAGAAGGGCAAAAGAAGCCUUGUCAAAUUCUAGUUUGACUGGUAACAUGUAUAUUCCAGUAUUAUUCUAAGAGUACACUUUCAUUAUCAUUUAUUAUUUGUAAAAGCACCUAAAAUACAGUAUGUGUUUAAUAUCUAUAUAAGUCAACUAGCUCAUAGUCUUGCUUUUUUGAAAUUAAAAGUUUCACGUAGCUUUCCUAUACUGAAAUUAGAUAUAUGAAUUUUGCCUUAGGUGCCAAAUAUCAAAACACUGUUGUUGUUGUUGUUUUCUGAACAUAGUUUAAAGUUACCUCAACUUUCCUGCCACCUUUAAUUGCCACUAGUCUAUAGUUUAUUUGGAGAUCAAAUUUGUUCCAAAAUGUAGCAGGUGUGGGAAGGGGAUUCUUUCUCCUGUAAAAUUUGUAAAACUUUUCAUUAAACUUUUCAUUUAAAAUGUGGCAAAUGGAAUAGAUGUUUCUAAGAUAAUUCUUUGUUUUCCUUCCUUCAAAGAUUUAAUUGCCAUCUCUUUUUCUUCUUAAUGUGCUUUCCAGCUUCAAAUAUUAUUUUUUCCAAUAUAACCAGUACCAGCUUUCAAGUAACUUGGACCACAAAUGUUCCACUAAAUACUUCUUUCAAGUUUCUGUUGCUUAAUGGAAAGGAGCUUAUACAAGUGCUUAAGACCCAGAGCCACAACCUGACUAUUUCCGGACUAGAACCUGGGAUUUUGUACACUGUUGAAAUUGUGACAGAAGUUUGUGGAAAUAAAAGCAUACCAGUACAGCAUAAAGUAAAGACAGGUAAUGGACACUUGCCCCUUCUUCUGGGUGGGCGGUUGUUGUGGAUCCUUGCACUCGGUUGCCAUCCCUGGGCAGCCAGAACGCACAUGGCCAGGCGGCUGUUGGGGAAUUCCACUGGCCUCCUGGGUAGCUGGCUGGAGUUUCCGGCAGCUCCCACAUUUUAGGUUGGCCAAUGAGAGACCUGCUCUUGGGGGGGGGGAGGUGCCUCACAGGCUAAAAGGGCAUUGGCUGCCACCUGCCUGGGCAGCCAAUGAGGCAUAAAAUGCUGGUGGCACCUCCCUCCCUCAGCACAGCCAGUGGAAGAGCAAAAUGUAUAAAGCAUAGAGUAAAGUAUACAACAUAAAGUAAAGGCAGGUAAAACAUUCUUAGAAGUUAAUUUUUUUUAUAAUCUGGUGAUCACAAGUCUAUAAGAGAAAUGUCAGCCCUUUAUACUUAUAGGGGAAUGCUAAAUAUGAGAAGAAGAAGAAGAGUACUUUUCACAAAAAUUUGGCCAUUUAGCUUGUCAAUGAGUUGGGUCACAUCCAUGCCAUACAUUUAAAGCAUUCUUGUACUGCUUCAACCGUCAUGGCUUUCCCCAAAGAAUCAUGAAAACUGUGGUUUGUUAAGGGUCCUGGAAAUUGUAGCUAUGUGAGGGGAUCGCCCAAGAACUUUCAGCACCCUCAACAAACUAAAGUUUCUUGGAUUCUUUGGGGGAAACCAUGAAUGUUAAUGUGAUUUAAGAGCACUUUAAAUGAUGUGAAUGUGACCUUUCACAUUUCCUGCUCUUAAGAGGGAAUGAAAAUUUUGAAGCCAGUCAUGUCUUAUGAAUACCUGCUUCUUCAUUCAUAAAUCCAGAACAGCCCAAUAGUGAAGAAAAACUCUCUGUAUCUAAAAGUAACAUUCGUUAUUUUCCUCCAGUUCUUUUAAAGUUCUUUUUACUCAGCUUUGCUAUUUGAGUUUAGAAAAAGAGUUAUCUGAAAUUUCCUAGAGGCCUAGAAAUUGUAUUCUGAAUACAACACUUACAAACGUGUAUGUUUACAUUUUUUCCUCCAAUCUCACAGCUGCCCAGAUACUUAGUGGAACCGUCAGGAUAUCAAAUCUCAACUAUAGCUCAGGGUUCAGCAACACAAGUAGUCAAGAGUAUCAAAAUUUUACACAGUUGUUUUUCACUGAGGUAAGUAAAUAUGAUAGAGUGGGAAAACUCAAUAUGGUAUAAAAUGGGUAUAAUUAUGUAUGUAAAUUAUGUAUUUAAUGUGUUGUACUGUUGUCCAGUGGAGUUUCUCACUUUUCUCCUCUCUGCUGAAUCCCCCCCCCCCUCAAAACCUGCUCCAGAGUGUUGGAAGACCCUCCUGAGCAGAUUGCGGGGGGCAGGGGCAGAAGAGCACAGCGAGAGGAAUGAGAUACACAACCAUUGUCUCUCAGGUGAUCUUGGAUCUUGGGCCUCAAUUAGGGCUUUAUAAUGUGUUAAUCUGGUAGUCCUGUGGCAAGAACCUGAUGUGUGUUCAUCACUUGAAGAUUGCAACAUCAUGUUGUCUUGCAAGUAUGAAGCAGUGAUCAGAGCCAUGUUCUCACCUUCACAUCCACACUGCCACUACCCAGCCUGAACCUCCAUGUAUCCCUUGGCUCCCACAUGUUCAGCCAAAGUCGAGGGCACGCUCUAUGCAUGUGCAGCAGGAAGCAUUCAUUGAAUGCAUGAGCUUAGGUCUAUGGUUUUUGCCACCUCACAUCCCUGUUUCCCCCCAUAAAGUUCAUACAUUCAACUGAGAGUUAUCAAAUGAUGAAAAAUCGAGUUGUCUUGUAGUGGUGGUUAUCAACUUUAUUUAUCUAACACCGCGCAAUAACAUUGUUCUCUAGGCAGCUUACAAACAUAAAAUGAUAAGAUCACAACUAAAACAAGACAACCCUAAAAUAACAACUUGCAAAAAACCCCAGAAAAGCUAGGUACCUACUUAUGGGAAACAGUCUUCUGUUCAUACCUGUCUAUAAUGCGGACUUCUCAUUUAUAAUAAAAAGGGUAAAACUAUGCUGGUCCAACCAGUUCAAAGGGUAGUAGGAAAGAAUUGUGCAUUAUUGGUUCAGUUCUCUGAUGCAGGACCACUCCAUCUUCUGAAUAUUCUCUAAUCUUGGGUCUAAACAUGAAGCAGUUCCCAGUGCCUGAUAUGUUGAGUUGUCUGUAAAACGUCCUGCACACAAAAUCCAAGUCAUUCUCACUGCACAUUUUUAUCCACUACAUUCAUUGUUUUGACAAUAGGUCCGUACGUCUCUGCCCCUUAAUAUUCUCCCGAAAAUGGAUGCUGGCUUGAUUAAAAUGUUGAUAACGAGUGUGACUAAUGGAAGUGUAGUGGUGAGCUUCAACCUCCUGAUUCCAGCAGACAUGGAUGCAAACAACGUUUCCAGUUCUUUCCUUGAGGCCUUUCUCCACAGCCGCCAUUUCAUGAUUGAUAACAGCAGUCUCUCCAUACAUGGUAAGCAAUAGUUUAUUGUUGUAAUUUCUCAAACCCUGAAAAAUGGUAAGUGCUGGACUUCAGACUUCAAUUCUAAAAGUAGGUCAUGAAUGAAAGUGACAAAUGAAAAGCUGUUAUGGGACCUUUAGUGUUUGUACUGGCUAUUUAUCUCACAAAAUAAAACAUAUGAUUCAUCAUUUCCAAGCUAAAACAGCUUAUGUUCGGUCACAAAUGUAGAACCAUUCUUGACAUUGCAUUUUAUUUGUUUAUUUUACUUAAUUUAUACGCCACUGUUCCUUCAAGGAGCUCAAGGUACAUGGUGCAGCCACCUCCAUAUUAUCCCCAAACAACCCUGUGAAGUAGGUGAAACUGAGAGAGUGUGACUGUCUAUAAAGAGUCACCCAGUGGGCAUUGUGGCCAAGGGAGGGUUUGAAACCAUGUCUUUGCUUCCCAGUCUAAUCACCUCCUUUAGUAACAGUAGAAAAGCAGCAUCUCCAAAAUGGCAUCUAAAACACACACACACACACACACACACACACACACAUCAUGCGGCGUAAUCCUAUGCAGGUUUAUUCAUUAGUAAAUGUUAAAGGAUUGCAGCCUUGGAAUGAUUGCUAUGAAAUGGCACCUCACCUCGGUCAAAAUGACGUCUCCUCUAGAAAAUCUCCUACAUGCAUUGUCCACCCUUGGCAUCAUCUUGGGAGGGCCUAACCCCUCUUCAGGAGUAUGGAACUGGUGGCAUUAGGACCCAGGGCUGGCAUCUUUUUGGGGAAAGCUGAUGUCCAUGGUGUUCAUGGUGAAUCAAAGCCCUUCCAGCUGGGGUUGGUACUUAAAGGUGGGGGAAAAAACUUCUCGAUAGCCUGUGAGAAUGCUGGCUUAUAACACUGCCAGUACUAUAACUGCAAGUGCAGCUAAAUAAUAAUCACUCAUGAAUUGUCACUCUCUUUAUUAUGACUAUUAUUGUUAUUAUUUAAAAAACAGAUUAUGAUGAGUGUGAGAGGGAAGAAACAGAUUGUUCUUCUGAUGCAUCUUGCUCUAAUACUUAUGGAUCUUAUGAAUGCAGCUGCAAAGAAGGAUUUGUCAACGCGAAUGCUGAGAGACCCGGGAGAAACUGUGAAGGCAAUGUUUCAAUAUUUACUUUCAUUUCAUCUUAUGAAUAUAAGAUCAGAGCAUAUUUAGCAAAUUCACCAUAGGUGGGAUUACAGUACAGUCUAUAAACAUACUGUAGCAGAUGUUCACACAAAAUAAGCCUGAAAUAAGGUGCUGCUGGAUCAAUUAUAUAUAUUACAUUAUAUUGCUCACUGGAGUCCAAUGUUUUGUAAUACAGAAAGGGGGCUCAUUUCUGUGAACAUUUUCAGCAGAACUGAAAAGCUCUCCCCACCCCUCCACCCCUUUUGGUGAUUGUUUGGGAAAGGCUUGAAAAUGUUCACCUAUUCAGGAAGCAGUUCACUUGCUGAAUUAAUUUUGUCCUCAGUGACAUCAGCGCAUAGUCAGUUCCAAUGGCCUACAUAGCAUUGUGACAUCAGCUCACUAAAUGGCAAUCAAUUACAUGAUUUCUAUGCAAUUUUACACGCAUUUUAUUUACCAAGCAAAAUUAAAUUAUAUUAAUUUAACCAAAAGAUCUUUUUAUUCCCAAGUCAUGUUACAACCUUUUAGCACCUUUCAUUUUUGGAAUUGAAAAUUGAAAAAUUCAACAAGCCCCAUUGUUACAAUUUAAGCUUUUUAAAAGGGAAUAUUUCAGCCCCCCUGAAACUACUCCUUUUGAUGAGAAAAUUUAAAUGGAACAACAUUCCCACUUUAAACCCAUUUUAAUAAUGUGUUCUGGUUCACUCCCUGUAAGAAAAGUAAUUGAAUAAUGCAAGUUGCCAUACCUUUCCCUUCCACUCUAUAGCACUUUUUUCCAACCCUGAUGCAGAAGGUACCCAGACAAAAGACCUGAGCAGCACAGUUUUACCUUUGACAGAUCCAUAUACUUCAAACCACGUGCCAUCACCUGCUGGAGAGGAUUCUUCUGUCCCCAAAACCAGAAGUUUGGAAAAUGCAACCACCAGCAUUAUAUUUAGCAAUGCAUCUACAGAAACAACACUGAAUGUUCAAGUCUCAUCCUUACCACCCAGUAAGCCUUCCCAGGGGAUUUUAGUUAAGAAAGCAGUCAGAGUGCUUUGCGAGAUUGAAAAAAUUGUCAUCACCAUUCAGAAGGACUUUCUGAAGCAAGAAUCUAUCCCAGAAUCUUCCCUGUACCUGGGAAGACCCCACUGCAAUGUAAGCUCCAGCAAUUCCAGUCAUGUCAUACUUCGGACUGGGUGGAACGAAUGUGGAACUGAAGUACAAACCGUAAGUCACUUCAAUCUCGGAAGAGAACAUUAAGUGAUAUUUACUGACAUAUAUUAAUAAUGAGUUAUUGAGAUAACAAAGUAAGCAUCAAAGGUCACUGAAACUAGAGAGUUCAGACUGGGGAACUUGCUUAAGAACAGAGAAGGUUGGAAAAUUAUUAUCCACACUCCCUAAAGGAAACUGCUUACAUAUGAAAAUAGGAUAGUGAAUGAGAUAUAGGCUUUUGGUUUGGUGAGCAGUUUGGAUAUAAACCAUUGCUAAUAAUAAUAAUAAUAAUAAUAAUAAUAAUAAUAAUAUAUUCUUACCUUCCAUUUCCUUUCCUUGCUCUUGUGCAGAAACAGCACUGUGGAUUCCAUCACUGAUGCCUAACCUGCUAAUUGUUUUUAGUCAGGGUGAAUAGAAGAAACAUCUGCCUCUAUUCAAUCUGCAGAAUAUAGCUGCAGUUGCUUUAUGGCCCUUUAUAGAGAUUUGGGAGACUGAAGUUUUAAAGCUAUUGGCAAUAGUUCUGCCUACACUGUAUUUUAAUAUUUUGUUGGAAGCUGCCCAGAGUGGCUGGGGAAGCUCAGCCAGAUGGGCGGGGUAUGUAUGUAUGUAUGUAUGUAUGUAUGUAUAAAUAAAUAAAUAAAUAAAAUAAUUAAUGAUGCAGGUGUAUUUGUAAAAAAUAAUCAACAUGUCUGUUCUGAUACAGGAAGAACUACAUUUUCUUUUUGUCACAUGCAUUAAUAUGUCUAAAGCUUAUUCCUGUGCAUAAUGGUGGCUACAUGCAAUUGGUUGGCUACAGAGACAAGAUGGUGUGACAUUUCCUGGUAGCCAUCAUGAACUGAGGGUUGUGUGAAUUAGUGGAUAUGUGCCAGUUCUAGAAUCCCCCCAUCCACUACUGAUUUUAUUGUAUUAAUUAUUUUAUAAAUAUUUAUAUACUACCCUUCAACCAAAUGCCCAUAUUUUCACUCUUAUACCAUAUUUUCACUAGUGCUUUUCUAAGAUGACUAAACUUAAUUGUUUUAAUCCUUCCUCAUAUGGAAAAGGUUCCAUGCCUGAUUGUUCUGUUUUAUUUGCUGACGCCAGUGUGUCCUCCAAAGUUAUCCUUAAAAUGUAACAAACAAACCCUGAUUUUCUUCUUCUGUUGCAUUUGUUUUUCCCCCCAGAACACAACACACACCAUAGUAAAAUCAGUUCUUCGGAAUGAUUUGCUUUCUUCAAGGGUCAUCCGCCACCUGAAGGUUGUCAGUCCAAUCCUUUGUGUGUUUCAAAAUGAUCUCUUGACUUCAUCUGGAUAUACUCCAGAAGGGUAAGUGGGAAUUUUAAUACCCCAAAUCCAAAUGGUUCAGUGUACCUUCAUUUCAUUAUACACUAAGGCAGAGGUUUUCAACCUUUUUUGAGUCCACGGCUUCCUUAACCAACUACAUUCUUUCUGCAUCACCCCCUGGGGCUCAGGAGCCCAGUUAUGUCACCCCUUGCCUGCAGAGCUGGCAGCCCCUCACCCUUUUUUGAACACUCUCCCUUGGGGAGUAUUCUCUCAGCCUCAUCUCCCCUCUCCUUGGGAGUCCUCUGGGCAGUUGCAGCCGCUGCCCUGGUUUCUGAGCUGCCCCCUCCACCCCAAAGAGAGGUGCCUUGUCACACUGCCCCACAGGGACCUGGGAAGCACCCUCUGACCAGCCCCAGAGGCACCAUUUGCCUGUGGAGCUUGUAGCCAGGGCUGCUGCAACAGACAGCUAUGCAAGCCUUUGGGAGGCAGAUACACAAGAGCGCAUUAAAGGAGAGAGGGAAGGAAAGAGGGACAGAGGCCAGUGUUGCCUGUGGCACCCCUGACCAUCCUUCAAGGCACCCCAGGGUGCCACAGCACACUGGUUGAAAACCACUGCACUAAGGAAUUGUAGUGAAGAUCCCCCCCCUCCAAGAGACUCAGAGGGACACUAACACUCAGAUAACAGCCUACUAAAAAUGGAUACACUCUCUACAACCUCCAUAAAAGAGAAGAGGGAGAAGAUGGGGUUUUGUGACGGGCAGCUGUAGCUUACAGAGAAUAAUUUUACCAGGGCUCUCUCCAAUCACAGUGGUUUUGGGAGGGCCAAAUGGAGGUAAUUGUCAGAACUGUGGCAUGGUUUUCCAUUCCUCUUCAUAGUACACUCUUUUAGGAGAAAAGAAACUGGAAACAUUUUGGGUGGAGUGAUAUAGAUUUUGUUUAUGCUUAGUUUCCAGUUUAAGGGAUCUAAUCUCUUCCUAAUGCCAGUCCAUACCAAUGCUUCUCCGAAGACUUUCUUUAAUAAAAUCUAGUUCUGCACAUUGUAAUUUUUAAAUUAGUUAAUAUUGUAGUGUGUGUCUGUUCUGCUGAGUGUUGGUUGUUAUUAGGGGAGUCAGUUACCAUCAAUCCUCCCCAAUUCUGGUCCUAGCUGUAGUUGCACCUGCUUUUAGGAUAGAAUAUAGCACUGUCUAGCUCUGUGGUUUUUGUUGUAUAUUUGUUGUGUCUGACUCUGUUUUAUGUGUGUGCGUGCACACAUAGUGUUGUACACAGAAUCUAGAAAGAAUACUGGUAUUAUGCGCAUAUGGGACAGAGGAACAGAGCUCAUAAAAAAGCACUCCAUGAAUUUUAACAACUGAUUAUCUUGCAGGGUUUAUACCAUUUUUGAGGAUUUACAUGGAUCAGGACACUUCUUAACAGAAAUGCAGCUAUUCAUUGAAAAUGCCCCAAUUCCCAAAAAUUUCACCAUCUCUGCUAGUGAUGACCUAAUGAUUGAAGUGGGAAUACAGAGACAUGAUAGCAACCUCAAGGUGGUCGUCAGCGAAUGUUGGGCAACUCCAACUAAUAACUCAAAGGACCCUCAGUCAUUUCCUUUUAUAGAUGGCAGGUAUGUUACACGCAAUAUAUUCAGGGUGUCACACAAAAACCAUGUACCAGGUAGUGCUAGCUGAAAAAUUAAAAUACAGCUUUUAAGAGCAUCAUUUCAAGUUGGCAAGUCUGUGAUUACUUAAUAUUUAGUUUAAUUAUUCUUUAGAUUUCAUCUUAGUACUCGGGGUUAACACAAGCCAUUAUUUCUCAGUCUCUGCCCCCUGUCUGUAAUGUUGGGAUGAUUUUAUUGAACUACUGUGAAUGGUAGUUGUAAAGAUUACUAAGUUAAUGAAUAUGAAGUGGCUUGAAUCCUCCCAAGCAGUAUAUAUAAAUGCUGAACACCCAAGUUGACUGCAGCUACAAUGGGCUUUCACAAGAACAAAAAAACAAAACUUACCCUUGAUCAUGGAUUGAUUAUAAAAAGGAACGUGGUAUUUCUUCCUGGAUUAAAAGAAUUAUGUUGGGGCAAAAAGGCAGUAUUGAAAAGUUGGGUUUAUUUUUAAUCAAGUACAAGAUAAUGUACACCCAUAUAUGCCUUGUUUAAAUUAUUAUAAUGUAUGAAUACUCCUAGGAAACAAAAUGAAAAUUGCUAGGUAUUGCUACUGCAGUUGUUGUUAUAAGCUAUUCCAUAGCUGCUAAUGGAAGUGUGUCUGCUUCACUUUCUCUCUCUGGACGGCUACCAUCAAUUUUUGAAGGAAGCUCAAAAACAGAAAUACAAGUUAGCAUGGACAGUGUUGAAUUAUAUUCUGUUCUCUUUUCAGUUGUCCAGUUCCAAAUUCACACACCACUAUGAUUUCGAAUGGGAUAUCCAACAAAGCCCAAUUUAAACUGAAAAUAUUUUCCUUUGUCAAUGACUCAGUGGUUUAUCUACAUUGCAAAAUCCAUGUUUGUCUGGAAAUUCCAAGGAGUAGUUGCAAGACGGUAAGGCAGCUUUUAUUAUUUCCUACUUGAAGACCUUGUUGGAAAACAAGAUGAAGGGGGUAUAUAUUUCCCAUGUAUUCCCCAACUACAACAGUAAAAUUACCCAAGAACAUAUAAGGCAGACUCCAAUGUUGUGUGAGCAGAUGUCUGCAUGUCCCAUUGGACUUCACUCCCCCCCUGCACAGUGGCGUAGCGUGGGGGGUGCAGGGGGGGCCAGGCGCAACAUCUGGGGGGGCGCGCUCGGACUCACAGCUCUCUGCCCCCACCGGGUUAGGGGGCGCAAAUUACUUGCCUUGCCCCGGGUGCUGACAACCCACGCUACACCACUGCCCCUGCAGCCCCCAGUACACCCUCAAAAUGUGAAACAUAGCCACCAUUCAAAAUUUGCACAUCUCUGAAUUUUGCAGUGCAGUUCUUCAGUCAAGCAGUGUACACAGAAAUGCAUUUAUUAGUGAAGAUUAUAUAAAAAGGCAUUAUGCUAGGCAAAAUGUGUAUAGUUGGAUAAGUUUGCUGAUAAAUUUUUAUGACGACUCUUCUAAAAAAAUUAAAAUUGGAAAUUUAUAUGGAGAAGUGAGCUUCAGAUAGGAAAAGUUAGAAAAUGAGAGAAACCAAAUUUCUCCCAUCCCUAGUUGCUGACCCUUCUUAGAUGACCUUUUGAAAUCUAUUAGUAAAUGACUACUUUGAGUGCUAUGGACUGAAGUCAAUACUUAGCAGUAGCUUUGAAGGUCCAGGAAAAGGAGUUGGAAAAAAUCUCUUAGCAGAAAUAUAAAGUGUACAAUGGAAAACUAGUUCCUAUUGUAGUCUUAGGUGUUAAUUAAUAUGGUGAUAAUGAAAUUAGUAUUGGCAGUGAUCUUAAUGGAGGAUUCUUAUACCUGCUAGUAUUUCUGAACUGUAAAAGGAAACAUUCCCCUGAGUUUAGAGAAUAUGGGAUACAUAUUUCCUCCUAUGCAAGCAGUUCUGUUUUUAAUUUUACUUAUAUAAGUAUUUCUAUAUUGCCAUAUCAUUAAAUAUCUACGUGGUGUACAAAUAGUUCUCAAAUUAGUAGCUUGCACAGUGGCGGAGCUUCAUCCACCGGCACCGGGGGGUGGAGAGCAGGCGGGGGCGGGGUGCCCAGUGUGGGCAGGGCGGGGGGGGGGCAGCUGCCAGGGGCGGUGCGCUCCCCCCGCACUCCUCUUCCUCUGCCAGUGAGCUUGCAAAAUCUGUUAAGAUGGUCUGCAGAUUGGUAGGCACCUAAACAUUUCACACUGGAAAAAGAGAAGGCCACCAAGGAAUGUUUCUUCAUUUUUAUUCUUCCAGAACUGCAAUGGUUUCCGUUUGAUGAGGACUGGGGAAACUAUAGCAAUGCCCAAUGCAUCUUGGGGUCCUCUGCGCAAAUCCGGUGGUAAGCAAUCAGUCACCAGGCUGGCAAAGAUUAAUACUGAGAGACAGCUAGGAGUGAAAAUGAUAAGAAUGGUCAUAAAUGGGUUGGGGCUGCUGUGAACUAAGCAACAGAACUGUGCUGUGGAAGCACACACCCCCUGCCAAAACUAACCAGAGCAGCCUCUUGGCUCCAGGAGCAGGCCUUGGGCUGGGAUGCAGCCAGACAUCUGGCCCACCUCAGAGCACCACCCAGCCAGGCUGAGCUCUCACACUCACUCAGUGACAGAUUGUAGGCUCUCAAAUUUCAGUGGCACCCUGUGUGAAAUAUGUCCCUCCCCCCAUCUCGCACUCCAUUCUGGUCAUACUACCCUAAAACUGCCUCUGACUCUCCUUUCUCCCUCCUUUAUUUUUUUUUAAUAUAUUUUUUAUUGAUUUCUUUUUUAACACAAUAUUUCAACAUACCAGUAACAAAACAAAUAAAUUCUUUACUCUACUGAGCUUGUGACUGUCCUCCAUUCCUUCAGCCGGUUUUUAAUUUUCAAAUCUUUGUGUCGCACUUUAUAUACUCUACCUCCUUUCUCCCUCCUUAGAGGGCCACACAGCAAGCACUGAAGUGCUUCAAGAUGAUAACACAGCGGACUAAUUAUUGUUUGUUAAUGCUGUACUGGCACUAUUCUAAUCUCAUGACUAUUGCAUUUAUCCACUCCCCACACGUUAAUAAAAAGAAAUUUCAUUGGUGGUUGUCUAAAAGUUCUACACCGGCUGUAUGUGGAGGAAAAGGGCAGCAUGGCCACUGCUGAUCUGCUUAGCUCACAAGAUCCUGUCAUCUCUCUCUGUCUGGCCCCAUCCCUUUCCUCCCUGAGCAGGAGCAGCAGUUUGUUGAUUUGUGAUAGUGAGAAGAUGGGAUUAUCUAUGCAGACAUUAAGGCUGCAAUCCUAUACAGAUGUAGGAAUCAUCCACUCUUCCACUUACCUGUGCCUAGAAAGUACAGGUCCAAUUGGGGUUGUUUUUUCUUGUGCCAUGCUUUCUAGACAUGGGUGUGAAUAGUUUUCCAUUUGCCCUGCCACUUAAUCUGGGAAAACAUGCUUUCCACUGCUGAAUUGUAGCAAAUUUCAAUCUGUGGAAAACCCAGUUGAUGUUUGCUCCAAUUCAGCAGUAAAGAGUGGAUUUUACUGGGAGAACGUGGUGGGGUAAACAGAAUUGUGGAUGAGCCUUAUCUUGAAGGGAAGCCCUACUGAAUACAACAGGAGUUACUUCCAAGAAAACAUGACUAGGAUUGCACUUCUGAAAUCUGGUAACGUUUUACCUUGUUUGCCUUUAUGUUUUAUAAGCACAUUUAAGGCACCCAGUCACCCAAGGAAUUCUGGGAAAUGUAGUUUGUUAAGGGUGAUGGGAAUUGUAGCUCUAUAUUGGGUAAUCUACAGUUCCCAGCCUUCUGUUCUGGAAAACGAUAUACUCUAAAUGCAUUGUGUGUAUGCAAGCCAAUAUAUCAUCACAUCUAAUAUUUUUAUUUCCUUUAUUUCAGCAGAAGAAAAGCGUGGCUUAGGAGCAGGUUACAUAGUCCUCAUUGUCAUUGGUGUAUUUGCUUUUAUACUGGCAAUAACAGGUCUUUUAAUUUUCCAACACCAACGCAAGGCUGGGGCGUACAAUUUCAAAAUCAAGUCUGACAAUUUUAACUACCAAGUGUUCUAUGACUGAACAUUUCCGUUUUCCAAAUGUAAGUUCUAUCUUUCACUGAACUAUUGUUCAAAGGGCUAGCUUGUGUGGUCCCUGGGAAAUCUUUUAAAACAAGUUUUCCCUAGUGCAAAUAUAUGGACUGGAAACUAAUUAGAGUUUUGCUGCUCCUUUCUGCUGUGUGUGUGUGUGUGUGUGUGUGUGUGUGGCCAUCUACAUGUAAAAACUAGUUUUUCCUACAAAAUUUGCCCUUUAUACAUCCAGUAUCCACAAUCAAUCAGUACAGUAUGGUGAACAAACCACUAGGAAGCAAGCUAGGAAGAUGGGAAGUUAAACUCCUAUUCAGUACUAAAGCUCAUUGGGCAGCUUUAGCCACCUCACUUUGGGCUUGUUUGCCAACAUUUGACCAUUAGUAACUGCUGUUCAUCCACUUUCCUCCCACCCAUAUUAGACCACACCUGCAUGUCUUUGAAUUUGUAUAUAAGAAGCAACUAGUUUUUCCAUGUGCAUAUCAGUAGGCAUUUCCUUUAGUGUUUGUCCCUGCCUUCUAAUUUGUUGAGUUGAUUAUGCUGCUUAAGUCGUGACAGGGCACAUGUGUCGAUAGCUGAAUGAACACCUUAAAAAACAACCACCCAGGAAGUGUGCAAAAAGCACAGGGUCAGACAACUGUAAAUUCUUAGCACACAUUUUUUCUGAUUGCUGUGCAGUGUCUGGUGUAGAUAUUUGUAAUGUGGUUUGUUUGCACAGCUUUCUGGAUUUGUGCAAAACUUGAGGGAUCAAAAGAGGGGGAAAUAAGGCUAUGCUUCUCUCUGUUUGGAGCACACUAGAAAUAGUACAAGCACAGUCGGAAGAGAAAUGAAAACAUUAAGGGAAUAGUGCAUGUGAACAGGAGAAAGAAGAUGAUUGAUCUACCCACUCUGUGAUCCUGAGUAGAGUAGUUUGGAGACUCAUUAUCCUCAGUUUAUCUGAUUAUCUCGGUAUUGAGUGAGCUUGAAGUUACAGGGGGGAAGCAUCAAGACUGGUGUUGUUUGAGGGUAACAGUUUGUGGACUACACAAAUUACAGUGGUGCCCCGCAAGACGAAUGCCUCGCAAGACGGAAAAACCGCUAGACGAAAGGGUUUUCCGUUUUGGAGUUGCUUCGCAGGACGAAUUCCCCUAUGGGCUUGCUUCGCAAGACGAAAAAACCGCUAGACGAAGACUCUCGCGGAACGGAUUAAUUUCGUCUUGCGAGGCACCACUGUAAAUGGGAUUGGGAAAAGCUGCAAACCCACAGUAAACAGCAGUGUGGACAAGCCUUCCCUGCUUGCCUAAUUGGCUUGUGAAGAUAAAAUAGAAUCACCCCAAUGGAUGAAAUGAAGCUUCAUGGAAGAAGAGUGUGAUAGAAAUGUGAUGAAUAGGAAGACAGCCAGUGUCAUGCCACUAAUCAAGUAUUUUCCCCCCUCUUGGUAUUCUAGCUGGAAACAUUCUAUGAAUAUAAUGCUGCUCCAUAUGAUGUUGGACCUGAUGCACCCCACCAAACUUAACCACAAAUAGCCAAUGCUCAGAUGUAUCUCCUGGUCUUGACAUAAGUCCUCUAAGAACUUACUACUUUCUGUUGCUAUGUUGAAGCACUUUACAGUUCUUGCAUCCUUUCAGGAGGAAAAAAUAACAAUCACUUAAAAAACCCCAAAAAGCUCUCUCACUCCCCUCAUAGUACUAUCAUUGUUGAUAUCACUCACUCAAGAAAGGCAGAACAUUUACUCAGUUACAGAGCAUUUUGAUUUUCCAUUCAGGCACUUAAUUAAAGGACUGUAGCAUUGCCAUCUUGAUGCAAAAGCCUGACUCCUAGAAUGCCUUAUGAGAUCUGCAUUAUCAGGAAGAAAAGCAUGUUUUAAGCUGUUGUUUAAAACCAAUCCAACACUGUUAUAUAUAAACUUUGUAAAACCAAUUUAACAUGUGGUUAAAAGCAACAAAGAGAAAGAACCACUUCUGCAACUGGUCUGGUCAUCCCCUCUCCACUCAAGAAUAUUCACCAUUAAAGCACUUCCCUAAUAUUGUAAGUUUUUGCAGUGCAAGAACCACUAGGUGAAUUUAAACAUCUCCAUGAACUUGCUUAAAUUCCAAACUGAUAGGAAUGACAAUGGCAAUAACAUGAGACAUGCUAGAGAAAAGGAUGAUACUUAGACACAACCUUAUUUACCAGAGCAAACUGUGCUUUAGUUGACUGGCAACUCAGCAUCUAGAGUAAUAGAGGAGUGGGAGGUGGGUUAUUCCAAUGUACAAAGCAGCAAUCAUGUCCCUGCUGGGUCCAUUCUAUGUUGCCUCUAUUUAUUGUUUACUUCAGUGGCAAUACAUUGCAAUUAUUCGACGUUUCUCACUCUGCCAUUGUAUUCAUAGACUAGGCUUGUCAACAAAUAUCCAGUGCUUAUAACAGCUGAAUUUCCACUUGUCAUUAAGCUGUUGUACAUCUACUUGUGGGGAAAGCCUUAUUUGCUGAGUUUCAAAUGUUGAAAGCACAGGAUCCCUCAAAAGGGGUGAAGGAAAGAGCUGACAAAUUUAGCAUUGACCCAUGGACAUGUAAUCAUAUGUGGACGGUACUUAUUGAUUUUAGAUAUUCCCACAACCAUACAAAGGUAAUUAAAAGAUUCUAAAGGGUGGGCACUUCUUUCUUUCAAUCCUUAUUUUACAUCGCAGUGCUAGUUAAAUCUUAACAUGAAGGUAAUGAUUUGGUAAAAUGUCUGCUGUACAAAUAAAAUUGUUGAGAUAGCCUGAGAGACAUGCUAAACAGUUGUGGUUUUUUUUAGGAGUCUAUAUUUUUGGUACAUUUAUUGUACAUUUCCACAAUUUAAUUGGCUUUUGUGCAUAUAUGAAAAGAGAAACUAUUUUUAUAGGUUGCAAUUUCUGUGUUUCUAUGCUGUAAUAAUAUUGAUAGUUUUGACAUGGUCACCUGUGAGCUACUUAAGCAUAGUUAGUAGGGCUUUAAAUGUUACAUCACCUGCAUGGAAACCUCCCAAACCUACUUCUACAUAGUGGCAUUCAGUGCUGGAGGUGUAAAAGUGGCCCUGACUGGGUUAUCUUACAUAACCCAGCUAGCUAAUGAAAGGGGCUAGCUAAAAUCCUGGAAGCUAUUAGAAUAAUCGAAAACAAAAUGGGGCAAAUUCCGAUUGAUUUAUGCUGAAUAAAACCCUAGUGCU